UGUCACCCUGCAAGUUGAAAGUGUUUGGGCAGGUCAGGCAGGCAUUGCUGUCUGGAUGCUCCUCUCUCUCAGUGGCCAUCAUGUCUUUGACAUCUGCUUACCAGCAUAAAUUAGCAGAGAAGCUCACUAUCCUGAAUGACCGAGGUCAGGGGGUUCUCAUCCGUAUGUAUAACAUCAAGAAGACUUGUGCAGACCCCAAAUCCAAGCCACCUUUUUUACUGGAAAAAUCCAUGGAGUCAUCUGUGAAGUACAUCAACAAGAAAUUUCCCAACAUAGACGUCCGGAACAGCACGCAACACUUAGGACCAGUACAUCGUGAAAAAACGGAAAUAAUUCGAUUCCUCACCAACUACUACCAGUCAUUUGUGGAUGUCAUGGAAUUUCGGGAUCAUGUAUACGAACUUCUCAACACCAUCGAUGCCUGCCAGUGCCAUUUUGAUAUCAAUCUCAACUUUGACUUCACCCGGAGUUACUUGGACUUGAUUGUGACUUACACUUCAGUUAUUUUACUUCUGUCACGGAUUGAGGAUCGACGGAUUCUCAUUGGCAUGUACAACUGUGCCCAUGAGAUGGUGCAUGGCCAUGGUGAUUCCAGUUUUGCUCGUCUGGGUCAGAUGGUCUUGGAGUAUGACCACCCUUGGAAAAAACUGACGGAAGAGUUUGGGCCUCACACAAAGGCUGUGAGUGGAGCCCUUCUCUCUUUGCACUUCCUCUUUGUCCGAAGGAACCAGGGGGCUGAGCAGUGGCGCAGUGCCCAGCUUCUGAGUCUCAUCAGCAACCCCCCAGCCAUGAUUAACCCUGCCAGUUCAGAUACAAUGGCUUGUGAGUAUCUGUCUGUGGAAGUGAUGGAGCGCUGGAUUAUAAUUGGGUUUCUUCUGUGUCAUGGGUGCCUCAACUCCAACAGCCAGUGCCAGAAGCUGUGGAAGCUGUGUCUGCAGGGCUCCCUGUACAUCACCCUCAUCCGGGAAGAUGUGCUACAGGUGCACAAGGUCACCGAGGACCUGUUUAGCAGCUUGAAAGGGUAUGGCAAGCGAGUGGCAGACAUCAAGGAGAGCAAGGAAUAUGUCAUUGCAAACAGUGGCCAGUUUCACUGUCAACGGCGACAAUUUCUGCGGAUGGCAGUGAAGGAGCUGGAGACUGUGUUAACUGAUGAACCAGGACUGCUGGGUCCAAAGGCCCUUUUUGCUUUCAUGGCCCUGUCCUUCAUUCGUGAUGAGGUCACCUGGCUGGUUCGCCACACAGAAAAUGUCACAAAGACGAAGACACCUGAGGACUAUGCCGACUCGAGCAUUGCAGAGUUACUUUUCUUGUUGGAAGAGAUUAGGGCUCUGGUCCGAAGACACACCAAAGUGAUACAGCAAUACCACCUGCAAUACUUGGCGAGAUUUGAUGCUCUCGUGCUUAGUGAUAUCAUUCAGAACCUGUCUGUGUGUCCAGAGGAGGAAUCCAUCAUCAUGUCCUCAUUUGUUAGCACUCUCUCCUCUCUGAAUCUCAAACAAGUUGAUAAUGGAGGAUUUGAGUUCUCAGGAUUGAGGCUGGACUGGUUCCGCCUACAGGCAUACACUAGCGUGGCCAAGGCCCCGCUGCACCUGCACGAGAACCCUGACUUAGCCAAGGUGAUGAACCUCAUCGUCUUCCACUCCCAAAUGCUGGACUCAGUAGAGAAACUGCUGGUAGAAACGUCUGACCUAUCUAUUUUCUGCUUCCAUCUCCGUACCUUUGAGAAGAUGUUUGCUAUGACCCUGGAGGAACCCACCAUGCUGCGUUAUGCCAUUGCUUUCCCCCUAGUUUGUGCUCAUUUUGUCCACUGCACUCAUGAGAUGUGUCCAGAGGAGUAUCCCCACCUGAAGAACCAUGGUCUUCACCACUGUAACUCCUUCCUGGAAGAGCUGGCCAAGCAGACCAGCAACUGUGUCCUGGAAAUCUGUGCUGAGCAGCGAAACCUGAGUGAGCAGCUUCUACCUAAGCACUGUGCUACUACCAUCAGCAAGGCCAAGAACAAGAAAACCAUGAAGCAGAGACAGACUCCCAGAAAAGGAGAGCCUGAGAGGGAUAAGCCAGGAGCUGAGAGUCACCGGAAGAACCGCAGCAUCGUCACCAACAUGGACAAGCUACACCUAAACUUGACAGAAUUGGCACUGACGAUGAAUCAUGUCUAUAGUUUCUCUGUGUUUGGACACACUAUCUUUCCUUCUGAAUAUCUCAGUAGCCAUCUGGAGGCCAGGCUUAACAGAGCCAUUGUAUGGCUGGCUGGCUACAAUGCUACAACCCAGGAGAUCGUAAGACCUUCGGAGCUGCUGGCAGGACUCAAAGCAUACAUCAGUUUCAUACAGUCACUGGCCCAGUUUUUGGGUGCAGAUGCUUCCAGAGUCAUCCGCAAUGCCCUCCUGCAGCAGACACAACCACUGGACUCCAGUGGGGAACAGACCAUCACCACUCUCUACACAAACUGGUAUCUGGAAAGUCUGCUUAGACAGGCGAGCAGUGGGACCAUCGUCCUCUCUCCAGCCAUGCAGGCCUUCAUCAGCCUCCCCAGAGAGGGAGAACAGAACUUCAGUGCAGAGGAGUUCUCUGACAUUUCUGAGAUGCGGGCCUUGGCCGAACUCCUGGGCCCCUAUGGCAUGAAGUUCCUGAGUGAAAACCUGAUGUGGCAUGUGACCUCUCAGAUUGUGGAGCUGAAGAAGCUGGUGGUGGAGAACAUGGACAUCCUCGUUCAGAUCAGGUCCAACUUCAGCAAGCCGGACUUGAUGGCCUCUCUGCUGCCCCAGCUGAUGGGGGCUGAAAAUGUGCUGAAGCGCAUGACCAUCAUUGGUGUCAUCCUCAGUUUUAGGGCCAUGGCACAAGAAGGACUUCGGGAGGUUUUCUCCUCCCACUGCCCAUUUCUUAUGGGUCCCAUUGAGUGCUUGAAGGAGUUUGUCACUCCAGACACAGACAUCAAGGUGACUCUGAGUGUUUUUGAGCUGGCAUCUGCUGCAGGGGUGGGCUGUGACAUUGACCCAGCCUUGGUGGCAGCCAUUGCCAAUCUGAAAGCUGAUUCUUCAUCCCCUGAGGAAGAAUAUAAGGUGGCCUGCCUGCUCUUGAUCUUCCUUGCAGUUUCCCUCCCACUCCUUGCCACUGACCCUUCUUCCUUCUAUAGCAUUGAGAAGGAUGGCUACAACAACAAUAUUCAUUGCUUGACCAAAGCCAUCAUCCAGGUGUCUGCUGCCCUCUUCACUCUCUACAACAAGAACAUUGAGACUCACCUCAAGGAAUUCCUAGUGGUGGCCUCUGUCAGCCUUUUGCAGCUGGGCCAGGAGACUGACAAGCUUAAAACCAGAAAUCGGGAAUCCAUUUCUCUGCUUAUGCGCUUGGUGGUGGAGGAAUCGUCUUUCCUGACCCUGGACAUGCUGGAGUCCUGUUUCCCUUAUGUCCUGCUUCGAAAUGCCUAUCGGGAGGUGUCCCGAGCCUUCCUUCUAAACCGGGUGCCUGCCGGUGCCCACUGAAAAGGGCCCUUGGAGCCUACCUAAACCUAUGCCAUAGUGGAAGCUGUGGUCAUUUUCUCAAGGGGUGGGAUUGGGGCGGGGUCACUAGGAAAAAGGUCAGGAGUCAGAGCUGAUGGAAUGGUGCACAGAGGAAUAAUGAGGGCUGAGAAAUCACAGAGAAGUGGGGCAGGCUAGGGUCAUGGAGAACAGUUUGUGGAAAAAGGAGAUUGGGGCCACAUAUGUGAAUUUACAAUGGAAACCAAGUAACAUACAAGCAUACCUUCUAUAUUCUGGUGACUGGAGCUUGUGCUCUGACAGGCAUGGGUCUCUCCGACCUUCAUCGCUAUUCUAGGAUAAUGCUGGCGGACAGAGAUGAUCAAUCAUUGUAUUAAACCAUAAUGAGCUUAUAAUCCUC